CUCGUUUGCACUCUGCUGAGAAGAAAAAUGGCCGAACAACCGGAGUACGUCAUCGAAGGCCUCAGGCAGGUGGCCACCGGACAGGGAUUCACCGAAAAUCUUUACAGAAUCGAGUUUGAAUCCGGAUCGGACAAGGGAGAUGGCUUCAUGGGCACGCUAUUCAAGGCGUUUAUCCGAGAGGACGGCCGGGAUGAGUUGAUGGUGCUGGUUAAGGUCCUUCCAGAACACGAAACCCGAAAACAGCAGUCGAUAGCGAUGUUUCAUCGAGAGGUUAUGGCCUACAAUGUAGUUCUCCCGAUGUUCCGCCAGUUCCAGGCGGAGAAAGGUAUCAGCGUAGACGACAAGCAAGGAUUCUGGCGAGUACCGAAAUGUUACUAUGCAAGCUGCGACCUGCAGAAAAUGGAAUCAGUGGUUAUCAUGGAGGACCUGAGAGAAGAAGACUUUCGCAUGUGGAACAAAUUGCGACCAGUUGAUUUUCACCACACACGGUUGCUAGUGGAACAGCUCGGAAUGUUCCAUGCCAUAUCAUUUGCCAUGAAGGAUCAGCAACCGGAGCGGUUUGCUCACUUGAAGCAACUUGGUGAUCCGAUGAAAGUUAUGAUUGAUAUGGAUCCUAAAAAGACCAUCAACAACUUGUUCGAGGAAAUGUUUGAAAGGGCGGUCACAGUUGUUGAAGGUGAAAACGAGAAAGUGAAAAAGACGUUAAAUCGUUUGAAAGGAGUUAUAACAGAAUCCUACUUGGCUUGUGUGGAUGGUGAAGACGCGGAACCUUACACAGUCGUUGGACACGGUGACUGUUGGGUCAACAACAUGAUGUAUGCGUACGAAAGCGAGGAACCAUCUCCGACAGACAUUCGGCUGAUCGAUUGGCAACUGUGUCGUUACGUGUCACCCAUCCUAGAUUUGUCUUACUUCAUCUACAUCUGCACAGAUGAGGGACUUCGAGCGGAGCAUUAUGACGAACUGCUAGAUGUUUACUACAAGUCGUUAAGCAACUUCCUAAAAGUACUUGGGGGAGAUGUAGAACGCCAAUUUCCAAAGGAUGCUUUCGAUGCACAGUGGAAGAAGUAUGGACGCUUUGGACUGCUGAUGGGACUCAUUGUGCUACCGAUGAUAUGCACCGAACGCGACGAACUACCCGAUAUGGAGGAAUACAUGGACAAGGUCGUGAAUGGAGAAGAAAAUGUUAAGUAUGAGUAUGCUACUUCAAAGAAAGCGGCUGACCUAUAUGAAAAACGUAUAAGUGGAACAAUCAGAGACGUGAUUAGGUUCGGAUAUUUGUAAAUGUAUGGCCUAGGCAAUUUUCGGUUUGGACUUCUUGGUCUCGACUUCCCUGGGUAUAAAAUUGUAUUAGCCUCAUGAUAUACGAAAGCAGAAAUGGUAACUUGGCUUAGAAACCUCGCAGUUAAUAACUGUGGAAGUGCUGAAUGAACACUGCUGCGAGGCGGCAAUGCCCCAGUGGGGGUGUAACGCCAGUGAAGAGAGAGCGAGUGAAGAGAAACAGAUUUGUAAAAUAAAGGAAUGUAUAGGGGGAAUGAC